GGACAAGACAGUUUCAUGUUAUUCUCCGCGCGGCGUUGUGUGAGAACAUUAUCUGGGUCAUUCUGCAGAACUAGGUUGACCUUUUUAUUAUAUAGUAGCAUGAAAUUUUUAACGAAACCACUCACUAGCGCACUUCAUUUUGUUAUUAAAGCUUUUGAAAGCAAAUGGUUAAAAUAACGAAUACAGAAUCUUUUGACCAAUUAUCGAUUCUAUAGGUGAUAUGCUGUAAUAGCCAGUUGAAACGUUUGAGUAACGUUUGUACCAGAGAGUGAUUGCAUCUACUCGAUAACUUCGCGUGUAAGUUACUGAGUUCGGGAUAAAAAGAAAGAUGCCAUUUCUAAUUAUGAUCCUGAGGCGGCGCAUUCACUACCUGCCCAUACUUACUGCUUUCUGGAUUAUAAGCUCGUUUUUUAUCUCGUAUGCCACGGCUAUUAUUAAAGGGCACGUUGAAAUACACGACUUUCCAUACAUCAGCCAUACAGCUAUUGACGCACCCGAGAGAUGCAUCUUUGCUCAACUGGUAAACAUGGGAUCUCUAAUGCUGGGCGUUAACGUCUACAUCAGGUACAUUCAGAUGAUUCAACUUUUGAAGCUUUUAGGUGCCAAAAGGAAGCACGAAAACAUCAAUAAAGCAUCUCUAGUCCUGGGCUUUAUAUCUGCAUUUGGCCUUACCAUUGUGGCAAACUUUCAAACAAUUGUCAUGAGAGAGGUUCACUACACGGGAGCAGUUCUUGCAUUCUUUGGCGGUUUGGUUUACUGUUGGAUGCAAACAUCUCUUACACUUAAUUAUGACAAGUGGUCUAAAGUUGCUAUAGCCCAAACAGCAAACAGUAUUUUUUUGUCUGUCUGCCUGUUGCUUUUUUUUAUAAGUAAGGUAGUUUUCAAGAUUCUUGAGGCUCAGAAUAAAGGAACAAAGUGGGAUGCUCUGCGUGGUGUCUAUCUUGUUUCAACAGUAUCUGAAUGGCUAACUGCUGUCUUUAUUGUCACAUUUGUACUUACUUACUACAGGGAUUUUUCACGAAUAAAUCUCAAAUCUCCAAAGAUAGAAUUUCUUGAUGAAAAUCGUGUUUUACAGGAUUAUAAUCUACCACCAGUUGAAAAUCAAGAAGUGUAGAGAGUAUUUAACGCUUAUACAGAACUUCAUAAGUUCCACAACUCAAGUUUUGGAUUUGAAUUAAGGAAGCUAUAUAAAAUUAGGAUAAUCUAUCGUAUUAAGUACGUAAAAUCGGCUGAGAGUAGAUCUAGUCAAGUGAAAAAAAAUGUGACUCAUCAAUUUUUUGUAAUUAUUUCACAUGUCUAGAAAGAUUUAUGUUUUUUUAAUCAAUAAAGAUUAGCGUUGUUUUCAUCAGAUGCAAUCAAGCCAUAUUUUUUUUUGUAACAUUUUAACAAGAGAUUCGGUGGAAACCACUCAAAUUUACAGAUGGCCGCAUUUUGUAUAAGAAAUCUUGCUCGCAAACAAGAAUUUUAAAGUUAAUCUCCAGCCUUUAUUGAUAUAUUUAGACAUAGCGUUUAUUUUAUUAUUCAGUUAUCUAUUAUAUUUGACACAAACCAUAAUACUUUGUAUACUUGUAUUAAAGCCAUGUUUAUGAGCCACCUUUCUCGAACUAGCCUCGGCCGCUUUUACGUACCUAAAACGAUAGAUUACUUUAAGUAUUGAAAAAUUGACUGCUGUUAAACAUUCUCUAUAAACUACUUGAAUGUAAAUUAAUAUUUGUUACCGCUAAGAAAUUCGUUAGAACACCCCAGUCCCACUUCCAGAUAUAACACCACAGUUCCACUUCCAGACUUAACACCUCAGUCACAAGUCCAGAUAUAACACCUCAGUCACACUUCCAGAUAUAACACCCAGCCACAUCCAGAUAUAACACC